GGACAAAGACUGUAAUUACAUAUAAUUACACCAAUUUCCAAUUAUGGAGUUAUCCAAACGUGCCCUCCUUAAGCAUAUUGAUUUGCUUAAGCGUUCUGAUUCUCAUAAUUAUUCUCAACUCUCAAGUAGUAAUAUCUUUAUUUCCAGGCUUUCCUUAAGCAUAUCGAUUUCAAGUUGGUUCGUUGUGCAGUGAUUGCUAGUCCAGGAUUCACAAAGGAUCAAUUUCACCGUCAUUUGCUGUUGGAAGCAGAGAGGAAGCAGUUGAGACCUAUAAUUGAGAACAAAUCACGGAUAGUUCUUGCACAUACCACCUCAGGCUAUAAGUACACCGCCUCAUACAUUCAGAUCGUGAACCAAUAUUAUCCGAGCACCAGCGCACCACCACAUCGGCUUCAUCAUCUGCUCCAAAUCGAAGAGAAACAGAAAUACUUUCCCAACAAAAAUCGGAGAAAAUCACAAAAGAUGAAAAUUGUUCACAGAGACUUCAUUAGCAAUGGCCCUGGUGGUGUCAAGAUGAUUCCUGAGGAGGCAGAUGACUUGUGGAUUGCAUAUAAUUUGAUAAGUGAAGGUGACACAGUGUUAGCUUCAACUGUUAGGAAAGUUUUAAGAGAGUCUGCUUCAGGGGGAAGAGAAGCGGAGCGAGUAAAAUUACGAUUACAGAUAAAUGUUGAGGCUGUGGAGUAUGAUAAAGAAGAUUCUGCCUUGCGUAUAAGGGGUAAGAACGUCCUGGAGAAUGAGCAUGUAAAGAUUGGUGCAUUUCACACAUUAGAAAUUGAGCUGCACCGACCAUUCGUUUUGGGGAAGGAGGUCUGGGACUCACUUGCUUUGGAGGUUCUUCGUCAAGCUUCUGAUCCUGCUGCGAGUGCCGAUUUGGCUGUGGUUUUGAUGCAAGAAGGCUUGGCACAAAUUUUUCUAGUUGGUAAAAGUGUGACAGUUAGUCGUUCUCGGAUUGAGACUUCCAUUCCUAGGAAGCAUGGCCCUGCUAUAGCAGGUUAUGAUAAAGCUCUGAAUAAGUUCUUCAAUAAUGUUGUGGAUGCUUUCCUUAAGCAUAUCGAUUUCAAGUUGGUUCGUUGUGCAGUGAUUGCUAGUCCAGGAUUCACAAAGGAUCAAUUUCACCGUCAUUUGCUGUUGGAAGCAGAGAGGAAGCAGUUGAGACCUAUAAUUGAGAACAAAUCACGGAUAGUUCUUGCACAUACCACCUCAGGCUAUAACGUGUAUCCCUGUAACAUUCUAUACAAAAUUUUGUGUAAUAUUCAGGAUCAAUUUCACCGUCAUUUGCUGUUGGAAGCAGAGAGGAAGCAGUUGAGACCUAUAAUUGAGAACAAAUCACGGAUAGUUCUUGCACAUACCACCUCAGGCUAUAAGCAUAGUUUGAGAGAAGUUCUGGAUGCCCCUAAUGUAAUGAAUAUGGUUAAAGAUACCAAAGCUGCAAAAGAGGUACAAUCCCUCAAGGAUUUCUUCAACAUGCUUUCAAAUGAGCCGGAGCGUGCUUGCUACGGACCAAAACAUGUUGAAGUUGCUCAUGAGCGAAUGGCUAUCCAAACACUUCUCAUUACAGAUGAACUCUUCAGGAACUCGGAUAUAGCAACAAGAAAAAAAUAUGCCAAUUUGGUCAAUGGAGUCAAGAAUUCAGGCGGCACUGCACACAUCUUUUCCUCUAUGCAUGUCUCCGGCGAACAAUUGACACAGCUGAGCGGGAUUGCUGCUAUACUUCGGUUUCCUUUACCCGACCUGGAUGACAUAGAGAUGUGAGUAUGUGACGGAAAUCGGAAUGAAGGUGGCAUUACCUCUUGUAACAUCCAUCUAAUUGCCCCUCUUAUACUCUCACAUAAGUAAAUUAAUAAAUUUUAA